AAAAAUUAUGAUUUUGUUGAUUAGUGGAUUUAUUCAAUUAAUCAUUUUGAUUAAUUCUCAAUCAUUAUCUAACAAUCAUAAUAAUCAUUCGAAUGAAGGAAUGAUACGUUUGAUUGGUGGUCGAACAAUGUUCGAAGGUAAUAUUGAAAUCAAUCAUUUCGGUCAAUGGGGAAUGAUCUGUGAUGAUGAAUGGGAUUUAUUGGAUGCUAAUGUAGCAUGUAAACAAUUAGGAUUUGUACUUGGUGCUAUUAUGGCAACUAAUAUGAGUCGUUAUGGUAAGGGGAGAAAACCAAUUUGGAUGGAUAAUGUUUGGUGUAAUGGAAAAGAAACAAAACUUUCUUCAUGUCGAUUUGAUGGUUGGAAUAUACAUGAUUGUGAAUCGAAUGAAUCGGCUGGUGUUAUAUGUCGAGUACGAUUAGAUCAACAACCAAUAUGGUCAUUGCCAUCAAAACCAACGAUGGUGAUGAAAAAGCAACCAAAAGCGAUAAUGAAAAAUGAUUUACCCGAUUUAGAACCUGAUCCACUGGAAGUAGAACGUUCUGCAUUCAUUGAACAUAGAUCAAUAUUAUUUUUACAAUGUGCAAUGGAAGAAAAUUGUCUUUCACAAUCUGCCUAUGAAAUUGAUAAAAAUGAUCCAACAUGGAUUUUCAAUACAAGAAUAUUAUUACGAUUUACAGCAAGCAUACGAAACAUUGGUAAAAGUGAUUUUCGUCCAUUCCGAAAGAAAAAUCAAUGGUUAUGGCAUUCAUGUCAUCAACAUUAUCAUAGUAUGGAAAUAUUUGCUACAUUCGAUUUAAUCGAUAUAAAUGAAAAUCAUAUUGCACAAGGACAUAAAGCAAGUUUUUGUCUUGAAGAUAAUGAAUGUUAUGAUAAUGGUAAUGCUAAUUAUGUUUGUGCUGAUUACGGUGAUCAAGGUAUUAGUGUUAAUUGUGUGGAUAUUUAUAAAUCCGAUUUAGAUUGUCAAUGGAUUGAUAUAACCGAUAUCCGACCAGGAUCAUAUCGAAUGAAAAUUAUAAUAAAUCCAGAAAGAAAAGUAGAGGAAAAAACAUUUGAAAAUAAUGUUAUAUUAUGUUCAUUCAUUUAUAAUGAUAAUUUUAAUGGUUCAGUAACAAAUUGUACAUUAAAUUCGUUGUGAUUUUUUUUCAUAUAAAUUGUUAUCAAUAGAUGGCGAUAGUGGAUUUGGUUUUCAAAAAUAAAAUUAUUUUCAAAAAAUUUCAA